UCUCAAUUUGCACUCAAGGCAAAGAAAGACAUGGCUACGCCGCCUAAUUCUUUUUGUUCUUUGUUCUUUAUUUAUUCCAUUCUACUUUCUUCAUUCUUCCUUGCCUAUGAGGCACAAGCCUACCCCCCAGUAGUGAAUGGACUAUCAUAUUCUUUAUAUUCCCAAACCUGUCCCAAGCUUGAAUCCAUUGUGAGAAACCAUCUUGAGAAGGAGUUCACGCAAGCUAGUUGGCAAGCUGCAGCCUUACUCGUCGUUUUCUUCCAUGAUUGUUUUGUUCAGGGAUGUGAUGGAUCGUUGCUGCUGGAUGGGAAUCCAGGUGAAAGGGAUCAUCCACUCAACCGAGGCAUAAGCCUUAAGGUUCUGCGGACCAUUGAUGAUCUAAGGAAUGUUGUUCACAAUGAAUGCGGCAGGAUCGUUUCUUGUGCAGAUAUCACUGUCUUGGCAGCUCGUGACGCUGUUUACCUUUCUGGAGGUCCCAAUUUUGCUGUGCCACUUGGAAGACGAGAUAGUCUAAACUUUAGCUUCGAAGAAGUAAAUAAUCUUCCAUUACCCUACAACAUCACUAGUGUGACACUCCAGACAUUUGCAUCCAAAAACUUAGAUGUCACAAAUGUGGUUGCUUUAGUAGGUGCCCACACUCUUGGUCGUGCCCAUUGUCACACAUUCUACAAUAGGCUUUCUCCUCUAGACCCCAACAUGGAUAAAACCCUAGCCAAAAUCCUCAACACAACUUGCCCAAGUACAUACUCACGUAACACUGCCAACUUGGACAUAAGAACCCCCAAAGUGUUUGAUAACAAAUACUACAUUAACUUAAUGAAUCGCCAGGGUUUGUUCACCUCUGACCAAGACUUGUUCACUGAUAAGAGGACAAAGGGGCUAGUAGAGGCCUUUGCACACGAUCAGACCUUAUUCUUUGAGAAAUUCGUGGAUGGAUUUAUAAGGAUGAGCCAAUUGGAUGUCUUGACGGGGAAUCAAGGUGAAAUUCGUGCAAAAUGCAAUGUCAUAAACAAUAAGAGACCUAUAGUGACGUCUAUUAAUGUAGAUGAGAUGGUACAAUUAAUCUAUUAGUUUUGAAUUAUAAUAUGCCCCAGUUUGUUACUUGGGUAGUUCUUUUGUGUGUUGCUAGCUAGUUGUUUGCUUGUUCAUAAAUGUUACUUAUGACACGACUUUAGGCCUUUUAGUGUUUCUUACUUAAUAUGUAUGUAUCGUGUAAUAAGAAUUGUUUAACUUGCACUUACGUUUGUUAGGCUAGAAAA